AUGGCCUGGCAAGUAAUAUUUUUAUUUUCUUCUUUGCUUUGUAAAGCUGUUUCUGAUCAGCUUAAAUAUUCCAUUUAUGAAGAAAUGAAACAGGGUUCUGUUGUAGGAAAUGUGGCAAAGGAUUUGAAUUUGGAUAGUAAAGAAUUGUUAAUUAGAAAAUUGCAAAUUGUCUCUCGCACUAAAAAGCAAUAUUUCAGUUUAGAAGAUGGCAUGUUAUAUGUAGCUGAUAGAAUAGACAGAGAAGAGAUCUGUGAAAUAGAACAUAUUUGCUUUCUGAAUCUUGAAAUUGUGAUUGAAAAUCCAGUGAAUGUGUUCCAUGUUAAAAUUGAAAUUCAAGAUCUAAAUGACAAUUCACCAAGUUUUUCAAAGAAUACUUAUGAUUUAGAAAUUAGUGAAUUAUCUUCUGUUGGUGCACAUUUUGUAUUGGGCAAUGCACAAGAUCCUGAUAUUGGAAGUAAUUCACUACAAAGCUAUGAACUCACUCCCAAUCUGCAUUUUAAAUUGAGAGAAAAAGACAGCAAUGAUGGAAUUAAAUAUCCAGAACUUGUUUUAAUAAAGCCCUUAGAUCGUGAAAACCAAAGUAUCUAUAAUUUAGUUUUAACUGCUUAUGAUGGUGGAAAACCUUUAAAAUCUGGGACCGCUCUAAUUAGAAUUAUGAUUCAUGAUGUAAAUGAUAAUUACCCAGUUUUUAGCCAGGACAAGUAUCAAAUAAGCUUAAAGGAAAAUGUUCCAAAUGGUUUUCUAGUCCUCCAUCUAAAGGCUACUGAUGCAGAUGAUGGUUCAAAUGCAGAAAUUACAUAUUCAUUCAACCGCAUUGCUAAAAAUGCAAUGGAAACUUUCACUUUAGAUUCUCAAAGUGGUGAUAUUAGAACAAAAGGACAGCUAGACUUUGAAAUUACAAAGAGUUAUGAGAUGUCUGUAGAAGCUAAAGAUGGUGGUGGUUUAGUGGUACAUUGUACAAUUUCAAUUCAGAUUAUCGAUGUAAAUGACAAUGCACCUGAAAUCAUUCUUACAUCUUUGUCUACACCAAUUCCAGAGGAUUCCUUACCUGGUACACUAAUAGCACUAAUUAAUGUGCAUGAUAUAGACUCAGGUUCAAAUGGUCAGGUGACUUGUCAAGUUGAAAAUGAAUUGCCAUUUAAAUUAAUAUCAUCAUCUCCUGGAUAUUACAAACUAGUUACUACAAGUAUUAUGGACAGAGAAAAAACAGCUGAUUAUAUUAUUGUAAUAAAAGCUGAAGAUGCUGGAUCACCUCCAAUGUUUACAAACAAAACUAUUCAGUUAACAAUAUCUGAUGUAAAUGACAAUUCACCUAUUUUUGAUAAAGCAAGUUAUGUGGCCUAUGUUAUGGAAAAUAACUUAGCUGGAACUUCAAUACACAGAGUGCAUGCAUCAGAUAUUGAUAUUAACGAAAAUGCCAGAAUUGUAUUCUCCAUCUUUAACACAGAUAUUGAAAAUAUUCCAGUAGCUUCAUAUGUUUCCAUAAACUCUGCAACUGGAGUUGUUUAUGCACAACGCUCAUUUGACUAUGAACAGUUAAGGGAAUUUCAAUUACAAGUAACGGCUAAAGAUAGUGGAUCUCCUCCUCUAAGCAGUAAUUCCACAGUCAAGAUAUGUAUCAUUGAUAAGAAUGACAAUGGUCCUAAGAUUCUUUACCCAUCACCAGACACUGAGGAAACAGCCUUAUUUGAGUUUAUUCCUCGCUCAUCUGAAAAAGGUUAUUUAAUAACUAAAGUGAUUGCAGUGGAUGCUGACUCUGGACACAAUGCUUGGCUCUCUUACCACUUUUUACAAGUUCCAGAACCAGCUUCUUUUAUCAUUGGGCAGCACACAGGUGAAAUUAGGUUGUCUCGCACCUUCAAGGACAUAGAUUCUUUAAGGCAAAAGGUUGUGAUAUUGGUAAAGGACAAUGGUGAACCGUCUCUUUCUGCUACAGUUACUUUAAAGUUGGUUGUGGCAGAAACAUAUCAACAAGUUCUUCCUGAAAUAAGAAGCCAUCCGAAAGAUUUAGAAACUCAAUCCAAUGUGACCUUUUACCUGGUCAUAUCCAUUGCUGUGAUUUCUGUUUUAUUCAUCCUGACAGUAAUAGCUACAGUUAUUUCUAAAUAUAGGAAAUCAAAUACUCCAACAACUUUCGAAACUCUAAGUAGAAAUAUGUAUCCACAAGUUGCUUUGAGAUAUCCUUCUCAAUUCAGUGAUGGAAGUUUGCCACUGCCUUACUCAUAUGAUGUCUGUGUAUCACUUGACUCAAGUCAAAAUGAAUUUGCACAUAUCAAGCCAGUUGAGAAUGUUCCAACUGAUAAUCUUAUCGAUACCAAUGAUUUAGAUACUGGGAAUGAUUCGGUGGAUGUGAAUAAUGGACAAACUGGUAAAGUGGAUCUAAAUCCCUGGCAGGUGGAAAUCAUUAACAGAAUAACCAGUAGGACACAGUAUAUGGGUAGUAACCAGCAGAACACAAAGACAAUGGCAUGGCAAGUAAUAUAUUUCCUUUUUCAUAUUCUUUGUGAGGCUGUGUCUGAUCAGCUUCAAUACACAAUUUAUGAAGAAAUUAAACAAGGUUCUUUAGUAGGGAAUUUGACAAAAGAUUUAGAUAUGGAUACUAAAGAACUAUUAAACAGAAAGUUACAAAUUGUUUCUCAAACUAAAAAGCAAUACUUCAAUAUCAGUUUAGAAAAUGACAGCUUACAUGUUAUUGAUUGGAUAGACAGAGAAGAAAUAUGUGAAAAAGAGCAGAUUUGUUUUCUGGAUCUUGAAAUAGUGGUUGAAAAACCAGUGAAUGUGUUCCAUGUUAAAAUUAAAGUUCAAGAUAUUAAUGAUAAUACACCAUGAUUUUCUAAGGAUAUAUUUCAUGUAGAAAUUGCUGAAUUUGCGACUCCUGGUGCACAUUUUGCUUUGGGGAAUGCACAAGAUCCUGAUAUUGGUACAAAUUAUUUACAAAGCUAUGAACUCAGCCCCAACCUUUAUUUCAAACUGAGAGAAAAAACUAACACUGAUGGAAUUAAAUAUCCUGAACUUAUUUUAAAAACACCCUUAGAUCGCGAAGAGCAAAGCAUCUAUAAUUUGAUUCUAACGGCUUAUGAUGGAGGUAAACCUGUUAAAUCUGGAACAGCACUAAUAAAGGUUGUAGUACAAGAUGUAAAUGACAAUUAUCCUGUUUUUAGCCAUGAUAAAUAUCAAACAAGUUUAAAGGAAAAUGUACCCAAUGGAUUUAUAGUUCUCCAUGUAAAUGCUACUGAUGCAGAUGAAGGUUCAAAUGCAGAAAUAACAUAUUCAUUCAGUCACAUUGAUAAAAAUGCAAUGGAAACCUUUAUUUUAGAUUCUCAAAGUGGUGAUAUUAGAACAAAAGGAGAGCUGGACUUUGAAGUUACAAAAAGUUAUGAGAUGUUGGUGGAAGCUAAAGAUGGUGGUGGUUUAGUAGCACAGUGCACAGUUUUAGUUCAAAUUGUUGAUGUUAAUGACAAUGCCCCUGAAAUAAUAAUUACAUCAUUGUCUUCACCGUUUUCAGAGGAUUCUUUACCUGGUACACUUGUAGCAUUAAUUAAAGUGCAUGAUCUGGACCUUGGAAAAAAUGGUGAAGUGACUUGUCAGGUUGAAGAGGAUUUGCCAUUUAAAUUAGUAUCAUCAUCUCUAGGCUAUUACAAGCUAGUAACAACAAGUCCUAUGGAUAGAGAAAAGACAUGCGAAUAUAAUAUAUUAAUAAAAGCUGAAGAUGCUGGAUCUCCUCCAAAGUUUACAGUUAAAACAAUUAAGUUAACAAUAUUGGAUAUAAAUGACAAUCCUCCUGUUUUUGAAAAAACAAGUUAUGUGCAUGUUAUGGAAAAUAACCUAGCUGGAACUUCAAUACACACAGUGCAUGCAUCAGAUCUUGAUGUCAAUGAGAAUGCCAAAAUAAUAUUCAACAUUUUAAACACAGACAUUGAGACCAUGCCAAUAGCUUCAUAUGUUUCCAUAAACUCAGUAACUGGAGUUGUUUAUGCACAACGCUCAUUUGACUAUGAACAGUUACGAGAAUUUGAGUUUCAAGUAACAGCUAAAGACAGCGGAUCACCUUCUCUAAGCAGUAAUGUUACAGUCAGGAUAUUCAUUAUUGAUAGGAAUGACAACUCUCCAAAGAUUCUCUAUCCAUCACCAGCCUCUGAUGAAACAGCAUUAUUUGAGUUUAUUCCCUGCACAUCUGAAAAAGGUUAUUUAAUAUCCAAAGUGAUUGCAGUGGAUGCUGACUCGGGACAUAAUGCUUGGCUCUCUUAUCACUUUCUACAGGUUCCAGAACCAGCUUCUUUCAUUAUUGGGCAGCACUCUGGGGAAAUAAGAUUGUCUCGAACCCUCCAGGAUAUAGAUUCUUUAAGACAAAAAGUUGUGGUUAUGGUAAAGGACAAUGGUGAACCACCACUUUCUGCUACAGUUACUUUAAAAGUAGUUGUAGCUGAAACGUAUCAGCAAAUUAUUCCAGAGAUAAGCAGCCAUCCCAGAGAUACAGAAACUCAAUCCUAUGUGACCUUUUAUUUAGUAAUAUCAAUAGCUGUGAUUUCUGUUUUAUUCAUUUUGACUGUGAUGGUUACAGUUAUUUUCAAAUACAAGAAAUCAAAUACUUUUGGAACUCUGAGCAAAGAUUUGUAUCCACAAGUUGCUCUCAGAUAUCCUUCUCAAUUCAGUGAUGGAAGUUUGCCAUUACCAUACUCAUAUGAUGUCUGUUUUACACUUGACUCAAGUCAAAAUGAAUUUUCAUUUCUGAAAUCUGUGGAAAAUGUCCCAACAGAUAAUCUUAUUGAUACUAAUGAUUCAGCUACUGAAGAUGAUUCUGUAAGAGCAACUGUGGCUCCUACUCUGAAGCAGAGAACAAUGACAUGGCAAGUAAUAUAUUUCCUUUUUUAUAUCCUUGUUGAGGCUGUGUCUGACCAGAUUCAAUACUCAAUUUAUGAAGAAAUUAAACAAGGUUCUACAGUAGGCAAUUUGGUACAAGAUUUGGAUAUGAAUACUAAGGAAUUAUCAUAUAGAAAAUUACAAAUUGUUUCACGGAGCAAAAAGCAAUAUUUUAAUAUUAGUUUAGAAAAUGGCAUCUUAUAUGUUAUUGAUCGAAUAGACAGAGAAGAAAUAUGUGAAACAGAACCAGAAUGCUUUUUGAAUCUUGAAAUAGUGGUUGAAAAACCAGUGAAUGUGUUCUAUGUUAAAAUUGAAGUUCAGGAUAUUAAUGAUAAUUCACCAACAUUUUCUAAGGAUAUAUUUCAUGUAGAAAUUGGUGAAUUUGCUACUCCUGGUGCACAUUUUGCCUUGGGAAAUGCACAAGAUCUUGAUGUUGGUACAAAUUCUUUACAAAGCUAUGAACUCAGCCCCAACCUGCAUUUUAAACUUAGAGAAAAAACUAGCACUGAUGGAGUUAAAUAUCCUGAACUUAUUUUAAAAACACCUUUAGAUCGCGAGGAGCAAAGCAUCUAUAAUUUGAUUCUAACUGCUUAUGAUGGGGGUAAACCAGUAAGAUCUGGAACUGCACUGAUAAGAGUUGUGGUUCAGGAUGUAAAUGAUAAUUAUCCUUUAUUUAGCCAGGACAUAUAUCAUAUAAACAUAAAGGAAAAUGUGCCUAAUGGUUCUCUUGUUCUGCAUUUAAAUGCUACUGAUGCAGAUGAAGGGUUAAAUGCAGAAAUUAUGUAUUCAUUCAGUCACAUGGGUAAAAACUCAUUGGAAACUUUCAGUCUAGAUUCUCAAAACGGCAACAUCAAAACAAAAGGUGAACUUGAUUUUGAAGUUACAAAGAGCUAUGAGAUGCUGGUGGAAGCUAAAGAUGGUGGUGGUUUAGUGACACAGUGUAAGAUUUCAGUCCAGAUUGUUGAUGUCAAUGACAAUGCCCCUGAAAUAAUAAUUACAUCUUUGUCUACACCCAUUCCAGAGGACUCCUUACCUGGUACACUUGUAGCACUAAUUAACGUUCACGAUCUGGACUCGGGAAAAAAUGGUGAGGUGACUUGUCAGGUUGAAGAGGAUUUGCCAUUUAAAUUGAUAUCUUCAUCUUUAGGUUAUUACAAACUUGUAACAACAAAUCAUAUGGACAGAGAAAAAAAAUCUGAUUAUAAUAUCAUAAUAAAAGCUGAAGAUGGAGGAUAUCCACCAAUGUUUAAAAGCAAAACAAUUAAUUUAACCAUAUCAGAUAAAAAUGACAAUCCUCCUGUUUUUGAUAAAACCAAUUAUGUAAUCUAUGUUAUGGAAAAUAACCUAGCUGGAACUUCAAUAUACAGAGUGAAUGCAUCAGACAUUGAUAUUUAUGAAAAUGCGAGAAUAAUAUUCUCCAUCUUUAACACAGAUAUUGAGACUAUACCAGUAGCUUCAUAUGUUUCCAUUAAUUCAGCAACUGGAGUUAUUUAUGCACAACGCUCAUUUGACUAUGAACAGUUAAGAGAAUUUGAGUUUCAAGUCACAGCUAAAGACAGUGGAUUACCUCCUCUAAGCAGUAAUGCCAAAGUCAGAAUAUGUGUCACUGAUAGGAAUGACAAUCCUCCAAAGAUCCUAUAUCCCUCAACAGAUUCUGAGGAAACAGCAUUAUUUGAGUUUAUUCCCCGCACAUCUGAAAAAGGAUAUUUAAUAACCAAAGUGAUUGCAGUGGAUGCUGACUCGGGACAUAAUGCUUGGCUCUCUUAUCACUUUCUACAGGUUCCAGAACCAGCUUCUUUCAUUAUUGGGCAACACACAGGGGAAAUUAGGUUGUCACGAACCCUUCAGGAUAUAGAUUCUUUAAGACAAAAAGUUGUGGUUAUGGUAAAGGACAAUGGUGAACCAGCUCUUUCUGCUACAGUUACUUUAAAGAUAGUUGUAGCUGAAACAUAUCAGCAAAUUCUUCCAGAGAUAAGCAGCCAUCCCAGAGAUACAGAAACUCAAUCCUAUGUGACUUUUUAUUUAGUAAUAUCAAUAGCUGUGAUUUCUGUUUUAUUCAUUUUGACCGUGAUGGUUACAGUUAUUUUUAAAUACAAGAAAUCAAAUAUUCCAACUACUUUUGGAGCUCUAAGCAAAGAUUUGUAUCCACAAGUUGCUUUAAGGUAUUCUUCUCAGUUCAACGAUGGAAGUUUGCCACUGCCAUACUCAUAUGAUGUCUGUUUUACACUUGACUCAAGUCAAAAUGAAUUUCCACAUCUUAAAUCAGCUGAAAAUGUUCCAACUGAUAAUCUUAUUGAUACUGAUGACCCAGCUACUGGAAAUGAUUCUCUGAAAGACACUGUGCCUCCUGCCAGUCUCCAACAGGAGGCCUGUGAGAAAGUGCUAUUGAACAAGCUCAACCCCAUUAUAACUGAUGUCCCAGCUGAUACCCUCCUCAGGAGUCCUGAAGUAAGGUUUGAGGACUAUAGCGGUACUCUAGAAGAGCCGUUGCAUGUUGUCUGGCAGAGGCAAAAUAUGGGACAUACUACUGCUACAUGGAGUGAUUUGACCUCCUGGGGAGCGGAUCUCCUAAUAUACAAACGUGGGGCUGUAGAUCUGUCUGAUAUAUACGGAGAUACAUUGAUGGAUUCAGCGCAUCCAUAUGCCUUACCGGAGUCAGCGGUGAAGAGCCUAAACUACGUGACCGUCAACAGUCCCAUGCUUGUUCUCUCAGCCAGAAUGAAAGUGAACACCAAGCGCCUACCUGAAGCGGUGAGCCGCGACAAACAGGCUUUACUACUUGAAAGCUUUCCCCUGGAGGUUAAAAACACUGAUCUACAAGUAUGGAAAAAUCCCCGUCACAGCAUUUUGGGACAAGUGAUCAGAAAAGCUGGUGUGAGCUUUACUGAGCAGAGACUACACCAUACAGUUAUCAGGAAAAUGGCAUGGCAAGUAAUAUAUUUCCUUUUCUAUAUCUUUUGUGAAGCUGUGUCUGAUCAGCUUCAAUAUUCAAUUUAUGAAGAAAUUAAACAAGGUUCUGUAGUAGGACAUUUGGCAAAAGAUUUGGAAAUGAAUACUAAAGAAUUAUUUAACAGAAAAUUACAAAUUGUUUCUCAUAGUAAAAAGCAAUAUUUCAAUAUCAGUUUAGAAAAUGGCAACUUAUAUGUUAUUGAUCGAAUAGACAGAGAAGAAAUAUGUGAACCAGAACCAGAAUGCUUUCUGAAUCUUGAAAUAGUGGUUGAAAAACCAGUGAAUGUGUUUGAUGUUGAAAUUGAAAUUCAAGAUAUUAAUGAUAAUUCACCAGCAUUCUCUAAGGAUAUAUUUCAUGUAGAAAUUGGUGAAUUUGCUUCUCCUGGUGCUCAUUUUGCUUUGGGAAAUGCACAAGAUCCUGAUGUUGGUACAAAUUCUUUACAAAGCUAUGAACUAAGCCCCAACCUGCAUUUUAAACUUAGAGAAAAAAUUAGCACUGAUGGAGUUAAAUAUCCUGAACUUAUUUUAAAAACACCUUUAGAUCGUGAGGAGCAAAGCAUCUAUAAUUUAAUUCUAACUGCUUAUGAUGGGGGUAAACCAGUAAGAUCCGGAACUGCACUGAUAAAGGUUGUGGUUCAGGAUGUGAAUGACAAUUAUCCUGUGUUCAGCCAGGACAUAUAUCACAUAAACUUAAUGGAAAAUAUACCUAAUGGUUCUCUUGUUCUGCAUCUAAAUGCUACUGAUGCAGAUGAAGGGUCAAAUGCAGAAAUUACGUAUUUAUUCAGUCACAUAAGUAAAAGCUCAUUAGAAACUUUUAUUUUAGAUUCUCAAAGUGGCGACAUUAGAACAAAAGGAAAACUUGACUUUGAAGUUACAAGGAACUAUGAGAUGCUGGUGGAAGCUAAAGAUGGUGGUGGUUUAGUGACACAGUGUAAAAUUUCAAUCCAGAUUGUUGAUGUCAAUGAUAACGCUCCUAAAAUAAUAAUUACAUCUUUGUCUACACCAAUUCCAGAGGACUCCUUACCUGGUACACUUCUGGCACUUAUUAAGGUUCAUGAUCUGGACUCAGGAAAAAAUGGUGAGGUGACUUGUCAAGUUGAAGAUGAUUUGCCUUUCAAAUUAAUAUCUUCAUCUUUGGGCUAUUACAAACUUGUAACAACAAAUCCCAUGGACAGAGAAAAAGUUUCUCAUUAUAAUAUCAUAAUUAAAGCUGAAGACACAGGAUCACCUCCAAUGUUCACAAAUACAACUAUUAAUUUAACAAUAUCAGAUGUAAAUGACAAUCCUCCUUUUUUUGAUAAAACAAGUUAUGUUAUCUAUGUUAUGGAAAAUAAUCUAGCUGGAACAUCAAUAUACAGAGUGAAUGCAUCAGACAUUGAUAUUAAUGACAAUGCAAGAAUAAUAUUCUCCAUCUUUAACACAGAUAUUGAGACUAUACCAGUUGCUUCAUAUGUUUCUAUAAAUUCAGCAACUGGAGUUAUUUAUGCACAACGUUCAUUUGACUAUGAACAGUUAAGAGAAUUUGAGCUCAGAGUAAUUGCUAAAGACAGUGGAUCACCCCCUCUAAGCAGCAAUGCCACAAUCAGAAUAUGUAUCAUUGAUAGGAAUGACAAUGCUCCAAAGAUUCUAUAUCCAUCCCCAGACACAGAUGAAACAGCUUUAUUUGAGUUUAUUCCCCGAACAUCUGAAAAAGGCUAUUUAAUAACCAAAGUGAUUGCAGUGGAUGCUGACUCUGGACAUAAUGCUUGGCUCUCUUAUCACUUUCUACAGGUUCCAGAAACAGCUUAUUUCAUAAUUGGGCAGCACACAGGGGAAAUUAGGUUGGCACAGACCCUUCAGGAUAUAGAUUCUUUAAGACAAAAGGUUGUGAUUAUGGUAAAGGACAAUGGUAAUCCAUCACUUUCAGCAACAGUUACUUUAAAGAUAGUUGUAGCUGAAACGUAUCAGCAAAUUCUUCCAGAGAUAAGCAGCCAUCCCAGAGAUUCAGAAACUCAAUCCUAUGUAACCUUUUAUUUAGUGAUAUCAAUAGCUGUGAUUUCUGUUUUAUUCAUUUUGACAGUGAUGGUUACAGUCAUUUCUAAAUACCGGAAAUCAAAUACUCCAACUACUUUUGGAGCUUUAAGCAAUGAUUUGUAUCCACAAGUUGCUCUCAGAUAUCCUUCUCAAUUCACUGAUGGAAGUUUGCCACUUCCAUACUCAUAUGAUGUCUGUUUUACACUUGACUCAGGUCAAAAUGAAUUUUCACAUCUGAAAUCUGUGGAAAAUGUCCCAACAGAUAAUCUUAUUGAUACUGAUGAUUCAGCUACUGGAAACAAUUCUCUGAAUGAAGCUGUAGUUCCAGGCAAUCUCAAAGAGGUCGUACAGAGGUUAAAAAGAAACAACAACUUUGGAAAAAGUCAUACAGCUUAUGGAGCUAAAGGAGUCCCCUACAGUUACUUUCUCACAAGCUUUGCAGGAAAAAUGGUUGCACCUAUAGGUUCCAUUCAAUCUCAACCAGGAGGACCCAUCUGUCUGUUCCCUCCUCAAUCUCGUGGGUGCAAUCAUAUUGCCUAUUGUUCUGUUUCUUUUGGCCUAAAGUUUGAUGCCACCCUACAGAAAGUGCUGGCAGAAGCAAAAACAUUGCUAUUGGAGACCAAACGUACAAAAUACUUAAGAGACCUACAGGAUUACAAUCUAAACAGAGUCUAUAUAUGGAAUAGGAGAGAUCAUUUUGCCCUAAGGAAGGAACAGAACAAAUCAGUUCCUUAUUACAACAGAAGAAGAGGAGGAAACAGAUCCAGAGGUAACAGAGGUAGACGUGUAAACUUCCAAGAGAGUGAAGGAGAAUCCUGGGAUGAAGGAUCAUCUUCAGGAGGAGAAGAAUUGGGAGCUUAUGAAACCACGGUGAGACCAAAGGAGGGAACAAAUAGAUUACCCCCAAUCUUGAAGAACAAAGACUUGGAAACAGUAUCCACCUUAUCACAUUAUAGAGAGGAGCCCCCUCAGACAGGAGGGGCACAGAGAUACAUAGGAGAAACUGAAAAAUCCCAAACUCUUUUGGACGUCAACAAAAUGAUUCGCAACUUAACGUUGAGAAAGUUUUUCAAGACCCAGGACCAACGUCAAUUUAAUGAGAAUCCAAGUUCUGUUGACGGAUCUGAUCUUGAACAUCACUUUUCUACUGAUCUGAAUUUUCAAGAAUUAUGUGAUGUAAGGACUCUGGAAUCUCUCCAAGGAGAGGAGAAAAUGGAAGAAAGUAGGCGGGUGACAACACCACUACUAAAGAACAAAUCUUUGUUCUAUCCCAUUCAAAGUAGGGGUCCUCUAUUGGAGAAAUUCCAGAAACGGGUUGAAAGUGAUUUAACUAAACUUCAAUAUGUCACACAAAGGGGCAAAAAGUCUAAUGUCACACGAAAACAAAAAAUAGCCUUAGAAGGUGUAAGAAAUAACAACAAUCUAGUGAUUAGAUCAGCGGACAAAGGCGGAGCAAUUGUGGUCCUUGAUAAGGAGGACUUCAUUCAAGAGGCUUUAAGACAGUUGAGAAUAGAACAGGAUUAUGAGGUGUUAUUACAAGACCCAACACGCCAAUUCCAGAGACAGCUGGCCUCCCUUGUGGACAACGGGGUAGAGAUGGGUUAUAUUGACCAAGAAACUAAGGACUAUCUUCUGGUACAGAACCCAGCCAUUCCUGUGUUUAAUCAUCUACCUAAAAUUCACAAGUCUGUAGAAAAUGUCCAAGGGAGGCCAAUUGUUAGUGGAAUUGGCUCUUUACUGGAACACCUGUCGGAAUGGUUGGACGGCAUUUUGCAACCCUUGGUGAGUACCCUUUGGAGUCACCUGUCUGAUACCAAGCACGUUUUGAAUUUACUUUCUGAUAUGAUCUGGCAGAGUGACUUCAAAUGGUUGACAGUGGACGUAAGAUCCCUGUAUUCCACCAUACCACACGAAAAGGGCUUGGAAGCUCUAGAAUUCUUUCUAUCUAAAAAAUAUGAAAAUGACCAGGAUUUUACAGAAUACAUAUUGAAGGGCUCUCAUAAAGAUCUAGAGAGGUUUGUAGAGGGACUAAAUAACAACACUGUAGGCAUUAGCUUUACCUCUGAGAUACAAGAACACACAGUAAAUUUUUUGGACAUCACAUUGAAGGGGAAAACAGGUCAGAAGAUCAUCACAGAAACCUAUCGAAAGCCAAUCACAGGGAACUCUCUGCUGCACGCCUCAAGUUGUCACCCAAGGAGGGUGUUUAGGGGUGUAGCCAGAGGACAGUUCAUUCGCCUAAAAAGGAACUGUACUAAUUAUAGUACAUAUGAAAAACAGGCCGAUGAACUGUCAGAUAGACUCAUAGAGAGAGGCUACCCAAGGACAACAAUUACUAAGGAGAGGAACUCUGUUACUAAAAUCAACAGAGCUGAUCUCUUGAAACAGAGAAACACAAAGUAUAAAGAAGGGACAAAAGAGAUUGGGGACAGGAAAAUCACAUUCACGACAGAAUAUUCACAGCAGUACACACAAAUAUGCCAGAUUAUUAGAAAUAAUUAUCAUCUACUGUCAGCUGAUGAUGCUCUUAAAGAGACAGUAACUGAAGGCAUUAGGUGCACUUACAAAAGAAACAGAACAAUAGGCAAUAUGAUUGCACCCACGAGAUUGAGGAGGGAACAGACAGAUGGGUCCUCCUGGUUGAGAUUGAAUGGAACCUAUAGGUGCAACCAUUUUUCCUGCAAAGCUUGUGAGAAAGUAACUGUAGGGGACUCCUUUAGCUCCCUGGUUACAGGAGAACAUUUUCAGAAAAAAAAACAGAAGCUGAGGAACAAAAUGAUUUGGCAAGUAAUAUUUUUAUUAAUAUCAUUCCUUUGUGAGGCUGCAUCCAAUCAACAUCAUUACUCGAUUUAUGAAGAAAUUAAACAAGGUUCUGUAGUAGGUAAUGUUGCAAAUGAUUUUAGUAUGGAUAGUAAAGAUUUAAAAGCUCGAAAACUGCGUAUUGCAUCUCAUACUAAAAAACAAUAUUUUAAUAUCAGUUUAGAAAAUGGCAAUUUUUUUGUAAGUGAUAGAAUAGACAGAGAAGCAAUAUGUGAGACAGGACAGAAUUGCUUAUUAAAUCUAGAAAUAGUGGUUGAAAAUCCUGUGAAUGUUUUUCAUGUUAUGAUUGAAAUUAAAGAUAUAAAUGACAAUCCACCACAUUUUUCUAAAAAAAUAUAUGAUAUUGGAAUAAGUGAGUCUGCAUUUCUUGGAGCACAUUUUGUUUUAGGAAAUGCACAAGAUCCAGAUCUAGGUAGUAAUUCUUUACAGAAUUACAAGCUCAGUCCAAAUCUGUACUUUACUUUGGGAGAAAAAACUAGCACUGAUGGAGUUAAAUAUCCUGAACUUAUAUUGGAAAAACCUUUGGAUCGUGAAAACCAAAGCAUUUAUAAUUUAAUUUUAACUGCUUAUGAUGGUGGCAAACCUGUAAAAUCUGGAACUGCUGUAAUAAGGAUUGUAGUUCAGGAUGUAAAUGAUAAUUUCCCCGUGUUCAGCAAGGACAAAUACAAAGAAAAUUUAAAAGAAAAUGUAAUGAAUGGUUUUCUAGUUCUCCAGCUAAAUGCUACUGAUGCAGAUGAAGGUUCAAAUGCAGAAAUUACCUAUUCAUUUAUUCACAUUGCGGAAAAUGCCAUGGAAACUUUCACUUUAGAUUCUCAAAAUGGUGACAUUAGAACAAAAGGAGAGGUGGACUUUGAAGUUACAAAAAGUUAUGAAAUGACAGUGGAAGCUAAAGAUGGGGGUGGAUUAGUGACACACUGCACAGUGUCAAUUCAGAUUGUUGAUGUUAAUGACAAUGCACCUAGAAUAAUACUUACAUCGUUGUCUUCACCAAUUCCAGAGGACUCCUUACCUGGCACACUUAUAGCACUAAUUAAUGUAUAUGAUUUGGACUCAGGUCAAAAUGGUGAGGUGAUUUGCCAAGUCACAGAGAAUCUGCCAUUUAAAUUAAUACCAUCAUCUCUAGGUUAUUACAAACUUGUAACUACACAUACUGUGGAUAGAGAAAAGGUAUCAGAUUACACAAUCCUAAUUAAGGCAGAAGACAAAGGGAUUCCUCCAAUGCUUACCAACAAAACUAUUAAUUUAUCAAUUUCAGAUGUAAAUGACAAUAUGCCAGUUUUUGAUCGAGAAAAUGAUGUGGCCUAUAUUAUAGAAAACAAUGUAGCUGGAACCUCAGUAUACAGAGUCCAUGCCUCUGACUUCGAUAUUAAUGAGAAUGCUAAAAUAAUAUUCUCAAUUCUUGACAUAAAUAUUGAGAACAUUCCUAUAUCUUCAUAUAUUUCCAUAAACUCAGCAACUGGAGUUGUUUAUGCACAACGUUCAUUUGAUUAUGAACAGUUAAGAGAAUUCCAGUUCCAAAUAAUGGCUAAAGACAGUGGAUCACCUCCUCUAAGCACUAAUGCCACAGUAAGAAUAUGCAUCAUUGAUAGGAAUGACAAUGCUCCUAAGAUUCUCUACCCAUCACCAGACUCUGAUGAAAUGGCACUAUUUGAGUUUAUUCCCCGUACAUCUGAAAAAGGUUAUUUAAUAACCAAAGUAAUUGCAGUGGAUGCUGACUCUGGACACAAUGCUUGGCUUUCUUAUUACUUUCUACAUGUCCCAGAACCAGCUUCUUUCAUCAUUGGGCAGCACACAGGAGAAAUUAGGUUGGCACGCACUUUCCUGGAUAUAGAUUCUUUAAGACAAAAGGUUGUGGUUAUGGUAAAAGACAAUGGAGAACCAUCCCUCUCUGCUACAGCUACCCUAAAGAUAGUGGUGGCAGAUACAUAUCAACAAAUACUUCCAGAGAUAAGCAGACAGCCCAGAGAUUCAGAAACUCAGUCCAAUGUAACAUUUUACUUGGUCCUUUCCAUAGCUGUGAUUUCUGUUUUAUUUAUUUUUACAGUAAUAAUUACAAUAAUUUCUAAAUGCAGAAAAACAAAUACUACAACUUCUUUUGGAACUUUAAGCAGAGAUUUAUAUCCUCAAGUUGCUCUGAGAUAUCCUUCUCAGUUAAUUGAUGGAAGUUUGCCCCUGCCGUACUCUUAUGAUGUUUGUGUAUCAUUGGAUUCAAGUCAAAAUGAAUUUGCACAUCUCAAACCAGCUGAGAAUGUUCCAACUGAUAAUCUUAUUGAUACUAAUGACUCAUGUACUAGAGACAGUUCUGUAAAAGAUGAAAUUACUUCUACAAGUCUCAUGCAGAAAGCCCAGAAAAUCGAAAUAAAAGAAAUCGAGGAAACACUUAAUCAGUCAGCAACAAGUGUGGAUAUCGAUAAGGUGAUAAAAGAUAUUAAUACUAAAAUCAGCAAACUUAGAAGAGAGGAAGGUACAGAAGCAGAACAAAUUUCAUUGCAUUUAACAAGAUCAUCUCAUGGGGUCCUUUUGCAAAUGGAAACAUUACUAAACCAAAAGUCAGAGAGUAAAUGUUUUUAUGUAAAAGUAGAAAUUCAGGAUAUAAAUGACAAUGCACCUCAUUUUCCUAAGGAUUUAUUUGAAAUAGAAAUGAGUGAAUUUGCUUCUCCUGGAACACGUUUUGUUUUAGGAAAUGCACAGGAUCCAGAUCUAGAUCUUUUAUGUUUGCCUCUGGAGGUCCUUUGUAAAGCUGUAUCUGAUCAUCUCCAAUACUCAAUGUAUGAAGAAAUGAAGAAAGGUUCUAUAAUUGGGAAUGUUGCAAAGGACUUGGGUAUGGACAAUACAGAAAUGCUAAUAAGAAAUUUGCAAAUCGCAUCUCGGACCAAAAAACAAUAUUUUAAUAUCAAUUUAGAAAAUGGUAACUUAUUUGUGAUUGACAGAAUAGACAGGGAAGCAAUGUGUGGGAUAGAGCAGAAUUGCUUCUUGACUUUUGAAAUAUUGGUUGAAAAUCCUGUGAAUGUUUUCCACAUUAAAGUAGAAAUUCAGGAUAUAAAUGACAAUCCACCUCAUUUUCCCAAAGAUGUAUUUGAUGUAGAAAUUGGUGAAUUUGCUUCUCCUGGAACACAUGUUGUUUUAGGAAAUGCACAAGAUCCUGACCUAGGUAUUAAUUCUGUGCAAAGCUAUGAACUGAGCUCCAAUAUACAUUUCACACUAGGAGAAAAAACAAGCACCAAUGGAAUAAAAUAUCCUGAACUUGUUUUAGAAAAGCCCUUAGAUCGUGAGGAGCAAAGCAUCUAUAAUCUGAUUUUAACUGCUUAUGAUGGAGGUAAACCUGUAAAAUCUGGAACUGCUCUUAUAAGGAUAGCAGUAAAUGAUGUAAAUGAUCAUUUUCCUGUGUUUAGCCAAGACAAAUUUCAAAUAAGUAUAAAUGAAAAUGUACCAAAGGGUUUUCUGAUUCUUCAUCUUAAUGCUACAGAUGCAGAUGAAGGUUCAAAUGCAGAAAUAACAUAUUCAUUCAUUCACAUUGCUAAAAAUGCCAUGGAAACAUUCAUUUUGGAUUCUCAAAAUGGUGACAUUAGAUUAAAAGGAGAGCUAGACUUUGAACUUACAAAAAGUUAUGAGAUGACAGUGGAGGCUAAAGAUGGUGGUGGUUUGGUGGGACACUGUACAAUUUCAAUUCGUAUUAUUGAUAUUAAUGACAACGCUCCUGAAAUAAUAAUUAAAUCUUUGUCUACACCAAUUCCAGAGGACUGCUUACCUGGCACUCUUGUAGCACUAAUUAAUAUUCAUGAUUUGGACUCAGGAAAAAAUGGUGAGAUAAUUUGUCAAGUUGUUGGUGAACUGCCAUUUAAAUUAAUAACUUCAUCUUUAGAUUAUUACAAACUUGUAACGUCACAAACUAUGGACAGAGAAAAGAAAUCUGAUUAUAAUAUUACAAUAAAAGCUGAAGAUGGAGGAUCUCCCCCACUGUUUUCAAAUAAAACAAUUCAUUUAAAAAUAUCAGAUAUAAAUGACAAUCCUCCAGUUUUUGAUAAAACAAGUUAUGUGGCCUAUGUUAUGGAAAAUAACUUAGCUGGAACUUCAAUACACAAAGUACAUGCUUCAGAUCUUGAUAUUGAUGAAAAUGCUAGAAUAAUAUUCUCCAUUCUUGAUAUGAAUCUUGAAAACAUUCCUAUAUCUUCAUAUGUUUCCAUAAACUCAGCAACUGGAGUUGUUUAUGCACAGCGCUCAUUUGAUUAUGAACAAUUAAGAGACAUUAAAUUUCAAUUAAUGGCUAAAGACAGUGGAUCUCCUACUCUAAGCAGCAAUGCAACAGUCAGGAUAUGCAUUUUAGACAGGAAUGACAAUACUCCGAAGAUUCUCUAUCCGUCAACAGAUGCAGAUGAAACAACAUUAGUUGAGUUUAUUCCUCACACUUCUGAGAAAGGUUAUCUGAUAACCAAAGUAAUUGCAGUGGAUGCUGACUCUGGACACAAUGCUUGGCUGUCUUACCAGUUUCUACAAAUACCAGAACCAGCAUCAUUUACCAUUGGGCAACACACCGGGGAAAUUAGGUUGGCACGUUCCCUCCAGGAUACAGAUUCUUUAAGGCAGAAGGUUGUGGUUUUGGUAAAAGACAAUGGUGAACCACCUCUUUCUGCAACAGUUACUCUAAAGUUGGUUAUGGGAGAAACAUAUCAACAGAUUCUUCCAGAGAUAAGAAGCCAACCCAAUGAUUUAGAGACUCAGUCAAAUGUAACAUUUUUUCUAGUAAUAUCAAUAGCUGUGAUUUCUAUUUUAUUCAUUUUAACAGUAAUAGCUGCAGUUAUUUCUAAAUUCAGGAAAGUUACUACUCAAACAGCUUUUGGCACUCUGACUAGGGAUUUGUUCCCCCAAGUUGCCCUCAGAUGUCCUUCUCAGUUUGGUGAUGGAACAUUGCCGCUCCCAUACUCAUACGAUGUCUGUGUAGCACUUGAUUCAAGCCAAAAUGACUUUUCCCAUCUCAAACCAAUCCAGAAUGUUCCAACUGACAAUCUUAUUGACACAGUUGAUCCUGUCCCUGGAAAUGAUUUGUUGAACAAAAAUUUGCCUUCAGAGAAUCCUAAGGGAUAUGAAAUUCAGUGCUUUUUGGAGAAUAUAAAAACACCGGUGAUUUCAGAGGUAGAUAUGGAUGUCCUAAAUGCACUAAUACUUGAACAAGAUAUAAUCAAAACCAUGAAGAAUAUGACAAAAGGGAAAGUCCCAGAACCAGAUAGUCUACCCCUUAAGUUCUACUGGUUACUGAAGGACGCGAUUAUUCAUGAUAUAAAAGAUCUUUAUGAAUGUUAUUAUCUCAACAGCCAAAUAAUAACAACACAAUUUAAGUCUGCAAAUGUAAUAUUGUUACCAAAAGAAGAUAAAGAUCCCACUCAAGUAGCCUUGUAUAGAUCAAUCUCACUUUUGAAUCUUGACUUUAAGAUCUUCAUGAAAAUCAUUGCGGAUCAGCUAAAAUUAGUUCUACCAAAACUUAUCCACCCAGAUAAGGUGGUUUUUGUGAUGGGGAGAACUUCAGAAUUGAACAUCUGA